CGCCACAGAGCACGCCCAAGCCAAACCUCCAAAGUGCUGUGUGGCAGGGUGAAGGGGGCAACUCUGCAGCCGGAUCGGAUCCAGAGGAAGGAGGAGAUAUUUUGGCAGAAGGGAAGCCUUUGAAGGAGGACCAAGCCUUUCUGAGGGACCGUUGGAGGUGACAUCUUUGGGCCUCUGUGGGUGCUGCCGGCCAUUUUCGAUGUGGCAGCCCCCGUCAGCCAGGAUAAUGAUGAGGCAGAUCUUACAGGUGAACAAGGUGAUGUCCAUCUUGUUUUAUGUGAUAUUUCUCGCUUAUCUCCGUGGCAUCCAAGGCAACAACAUGGAUCAAAGGAGUUUGCCAGAAGACUCGCUCAACUCCCUCAUCAUAAAGCUGAUCCAGGCAGACAUUUUGAAAAACAAGCUCUCCAAGCAGAUGGUGGAUGUUAAGGAAAGUUACCAGAGCACCCUGCCCAAAGCAGAAGCACCCAGAGAGCCAGAGCAGGGAGAGUCCACCAGGUCGGAAUUCCAGCCAAUGAUUGCAACGGACACAGAACUACUGCGGCAACAGAGACGCUACAAUUCUCCCCGGGUCCUGCUGAGCGACAGCACCCCUUUGGAGCCCCCUCCCUUGUAUCUAAUGGAAGAUUAUGUGGGCAACCCAGCGGUGGCCAAUAGAACAUCUUCACGGCAGAAACGUUAUGCAGAGCAUAAGAGUCACCGGGGCGAGUACUCAGUGUGUGACAGUGAGAGUCUAUGGGUGACCGACAAGUCUUCAGCCAUUGACAUUAGGGGACACCAGGUCACGGUGCUGGGGGAGAUCAAAACCGGCAACUCUCCUGUCAAACAAUACUUUUAUGAAACCAGAUGUAAAGAAGCCAGGCCAGUCAAAAAUGGUUGCAGGGGGAUCGAUGACAAACACUGGAACUCUCAGUGCAAAACGUCCCAAACCUACGUCCGAGCUCUGACUUCAGAAAACAACAAACUCAUAGGCUGGCGCUGGAUACGAAUAGACACUUCCUGUGUGUGUGCCUUGUCGAGAAAAAUCGGAAGAACAUGAAUUGGCAUCUGUCCUCACAUAUAAAUUAUUACCUUAAAUUAUAUGAUAUGCAUGUAGCAUAUAAAUGUUUAUAUUGUUUUUAUAUAUUAUAAGUUGACCUUUAUUUAUUAAACUUCAGCAACCCUUACAGUAUAUAAGCUUUUUUUUCUCAAUAAAAUUCGUGUGCUUGCCCUCCCUCAGGCCUCUCCCAUCUGUUAACCUCGUUCUGUGAUUGGGCUCUCGGGAAUCCUUCUGUAAAACCUGUG